AUGUACAUGGUUGUAUCCAAUGCUUGCCGAGGUCCUCCGGCCCCACAUCUUCCAUGCCUCGCCCACCUUCUCCGGGGCAUGACAGGGGAGCUUAAGCAAGGUACAGGCAGUACUUACGGUGCAAACAGCACUGAUUUGAAGCUUGAUGGACAUGAAACAAACCAAGUUGACAACCGAGAGAUCCAUGAUCUUGUUAUUCCAGGUUUGUAUGAGGAUAGUACGGAUAGUAUACAUGCUACGGAACAGAUUGAUCUGAUUGAUAGGGAAAUAUCCGGAUCGGCAAGAGCACAUGCUGUGCCGAACAGAUUCCAGGUGCCUACCUGUGUCCAUGUAUGUACCAAGGUCCAGCAUGAUGUAUUGCAGUAUCCAUUACGCAAACUGCAUGGCGUCAACUAUCCUCGCUCAUUCGUUCUCUCGUUCGCCAUUCGGGAGGCGUUUUUCACCACCGUUCCAUUGCAGUUGGCUGAUACAGAUGCAGGACUACGAAAUACGCCCGGUCAAGCAACAAGUGCUUCUGCCUCUAGUUUUUGA